AUGGCGGGCUUGAAGCUUGCAGUUCUAGAAUUUCUUCUGCUACUAUUUUGUCUUGUAUCGCCAGAAAAACAACCCGAUGUAUUAAAUGUCUUAAGCAUACUUUUGCCGUAUUCCACGGCAGGUUCUGCGAAUGUCAAUUUUACGAUCAGGGCGAGUGAUGGCUGUUAUAAAUGGACGUCAUCCAGACCUGAAGUAGCGAAAGUUAGAUCUCUUUUGAAGGGUUCACAAAAUCAAGGACAAGCGGGUGGUGAUGCCUGUUCACAAGAGGCUGUGAUUACAUCUCAAUCAUCAAUUCCUGAGAAGCAAACUGCUAUCAUUAUUGCUGAGGAAAAGGUUUUGGGGAAUAUUCUGCGUGCUGAUGUGUUUGUUAACCGUAUAAAUCACAUUGAAAUAACAACGACAACAAGAGAACUAUUGCUUGGACAGUCCCCUGAGCUUCUUGAUGUCAUUGCUUAUGACGACACUGGGAAUUUGUUUUCAUCUCUUGAUGGUCUUGUUUUUGAUUGGGAACUCAUUACUGUCAAAGGAUCCAUUGAAGCUUCUUCUGUUCUAAGAAUUGUUCCUUUUGCUGAGUCCAUAAAUGAGACAUCAGUUGCUAUUUAUGCUUUGGAAGCAAGGGGUUUGCGAGGCAGCAGUAUCAUUGUGGAAGGUAUCAACACUGGAACUGCAAUUGUAAAGGCAAAAUUAAGUCAUCCCACUUUCAAGGAUGUAGAAGCACAUAGUGUGAAAUUGUUAGUUAUUGAUAAUAUUAUGAUAGUACCUUCUAUGGAUGUGUACAUCAUGAUAAACACAGCUGUGAAAUACAAUGUAAAGAGAUUCCGACAGAACUCUGUCAUAGAUAUAGAGAUGCCAUCAACACAGUUUAAGUUUGUUCUUAGUAAUACAACUGUUGGGACAUUAGUAGAACCUUCUUCACAAGUGAUUGGUCGAUCUGUCGGGUAUACUCAAGUCACCCUGGUUGAUAACAAUAUGAAAGAUCAGCUGUCCUCAAGGCAACCAACUGCUGGCGUCCAUGUGGUUCAGCCUGAUCAUUUAGGAUUCUCUGUGUUUCCUCAUGGUGCUUGGGUUUUGGAAACCAAUCGAGAGUAUAUAAUCACAGUUGAUGUUUAUGACAAGUUGAAUCAUAAACUUUAUGUGGCUGAGAAUAUCAUGAUUGAUACAAAAUUUCCACACACGUAUUUCUCUGUGUUGAAAUCAUCAAACAAUGGCUCAUAUCAUAUCACCAAAACUCUAAAAAGUGGGAAAACUAUUCUCAAUGCUGUUCUUUCCAGUGUUAAGUUGCUAACCACAGGUGAAGUUGUGACCUUGAAUCCACCUGUGAAAGGCCAACAGGAACUUGUGAUAUACGAUCCUAUUGCAGUAGUGCCUGCAAUCCUUGUGUUCCCAUGGAUACCGAUCAGCGGUGAAUAUUACAGAUAUCAACUUAAGGCAACAGGGGGCAGUGGACACUACACUUGGACCUCAGAAAUAACAGUAAUAGCCAGUGUCAAUGCUCGAGGACUGCUGACCACAACUACCGACACUGGUGUCACUCAAGUGAAAGCUCAUGAUUCUGAGAAUUCGAUGCACUAUGGAAUAGCAGAGGUGCAUGUUUUGCCUCCGGAUAGUUUGAAAUUCAUUGCUUCAAGAGUUGAAGUUGAAAUCGGAACAAAACUAAAGAUUCCUCUCGCAGCAGCAGCCUACUUGAGUCCAGAGAGCGACGAAUUGAAGUUUUUUGACGACUGUCGUAAGAUGAAUGUGAGUGUAUCAGUGUCAGAUCCGACCAUUUUUCAAGUCAUUGGAACAUCAGACGAAAAUGAUGAGAUCACGCCACCUGGAUGUACAUCGGUGUAUUUAAAAGCAUUGCGUCAAGGUUUUGUGAUAGUCACUGCAAGAUAUAAAUAUAAAGACAUCAAUAUUAAAGCAACGGUCACCGUGGCUGCCUAUAUUCCUCUUAAGACCUUGGAUCCAGAGGACGUGGCCGUUGUCAGUCUUGGCUCAGCUAAAAAUUUGAUCCUUCAAGGUGGACCUCAGCCCUGGGUGCAUGAUAGAUCUACACAUUUUGAAAAAGUCGGUGGCGAACAAGAAGAUUUGAUCUCAAUUAGAUCAGACAUCAUUCCCGAACAUCCAUUUGGCGAUAAACGGUCGCUGCAUUUCUAUCACGUCACGUGCAAAGCACUCGGCGAACAGGAUCUUGUUGUUACCAUUGGCAACCGACCGUCGGAAACGAACAAAUUCCCAGCCAGUUCCAACGUCACCAUCAAAUUUGCCUGCAUGGUGCCCGCUACUCUUGCCUUAGAGCCCGAUGUACACCUCCCUGAAAUCUCUGAACGCAGGCUUAGUCUUCAGGAUUGCCUAAGUCCAAAUAAGGAGUUUCAUGUGCGGAGUCCGCAGGCUCUCAGACUUCGUGUGAUACUUCGUGAUGCCAGAAAUCGUUUAUUCGAUAAUUUCACUUCGCUUGACAUGAGCUGGUCCACAACUAAUCAUAAUAUGGCCUCGUUUGACCUCAGCGAUACUGGAGUGCGCAUGGAGUACCAGGAGGACAUCUUCAGGCAACAUCUUAUGAAGUCAAUGUCGUAUCAAGUGUGUAAUUUGAAGCAAAAUCAAGGUUCUGUCACGAUUAAGGCGGCCGUAACCAAGUAUAGAAUGGAGAUACUGCAAAACGCGAAGGUUAAUGUCAAGGAAACCUUAAAGAAACCUUUGAUAGCUUCGCUCAGAUUGUCGUUGACGAGUGAUAUUCGCAUUGAACCGGUCCAUGCGUCCAUAUUUAAUCACCCCAUGAACAAGGUUGAUCUCACUAUAUAUGGAGGAUCUGGACGAUUUCUCGUAAAAGGAAGUGACGAUGAUAUUGCCAGUGUUACAGCCAAGAAAUCCAUUGUCAAAGUGACACCGAAGAUGACCGGAGUUCUCACUGUGACCGUGUAUGAUCAAUGUCUAGAUUCUCCCAACCCCGCUACGGCUAACAUCAGAAUUUCAGACAUAGACAGUAUUCAUGUGACUGUAGUCGAUAAGGUUGAACUUGGUCAUGUGAUCAAUUGUACUGUGAUGGUAUUGGAUGAACUAGACAAUCCUCUAUUGGUCAGUCAACUGGACCUGCUGAAUCUCACACCCAGGCUGUCUCGCGAUUUACUUAACAUAAAGCCGAGCGCAAGGAAAGGGCUGGAUAAGGCUUUCUAUAACUUACGCGGCGUUGCUAUUGGCAACACAAUACUGACGUACAGUGCUCAUCCCACAAACAAACCACAGAUCACUAGCGAACCAAAACAUAUUCAGGUAUUCCCGCCUUUACGACUGGAUCCCAGGUACAUUGUACUCAUUCCCGGCGCGACAUUUCAACUCAAGGCCACAGGAGGCCCGUAUCCUCAAGUCACAACGUUAUUCUCUAUCAAGAACAGAACAGUCGCUUCAGUGGAUAGCGUUGGCCUGAUCACCGCUCGCGUUCCGGGGAAGUCGACAGUCACAGGAGCUGUCGAAGCCACAGACCCGCAAUCGGGUCACACCAUCGUGUUUUCUAAGGACCAAGUGAUCGUCGAAGUAUUGCGUCUAAGCGGAGUGAAAAUCUUUACUCCUUCAACCAAUCUUGUUACGGAGACUGAGAUCGGAUUGCGAGCUGUUGGACUCAACGAUGAGACACCGUUUAGUUUUGCAAACGCUAUUCCUGGUCUGGAGUUUCAGUGGACAUCGAGUAACAUUGAUGUUUGCAAACUCAAGUCUGUUUAUGAGAAGAGUGGUAUAACUAUCGACUCGGAAAAAGCAUUCCGUGUAGUGUUAUCUUGUAAUCAUCCUGGGGAAGUUGUUAUCAAACUUCAAGCGGUUUUCACUGAUCCAUCUUAUGAACAAGCAUCAGUCCUUGCUGAUCUCUAUGAUGAUGUCAGAAUUCAGGUGUUUGAGAAAUUACGUCUGAUCCAUCCUUCUGACGGUCAGUUACUGCUGCCACAUGACGUGAGCGUCAGGAUAAGAACCAAUAGGUAAGCUGGACUAACUAAACGGGCAACUUACAGUAUCAUGGAUGUCUGUCCACAGUCUCCCCGUAGUGACUCGCGACCACUGCUGACCGUUGACAACCGCGGUCACCUUGAGACCGGCAUGAUCUCAGGGACUGCCGGUAUAGUUGUCACGUCACGGGAGGAUUUUGGUGUCAAUCAAACUGUAGUUGUCCACGUUGAGGUAAAAUCAGUCUCUUCUAUCUCCAUAUCACCACUGUCUGCCGUGCACACUCUGUCCCACAAAUUGCAUGCCUUUCCCGUCGGGAUGAGCGCUAUAUUUUCAGUAUUUCUUCACGAUAACAUUGGACGAAAAUUUGAUUCUGGAAAUGUCCCACUUAAACACAGACUAAACAGGUUUGAUUCCAUACACAUCACGCAAGGUCCUGAUAAUGGAACCUAUUCUGUAAGGGCUCAUAAUAACGGUGAAGCGAUCCUGAAUGUUUGGCUCGUGUCGUCUUCACAUAUUGCUGAUUUUGUCCACCUGAGAGCGACUCAAGCCAUUUUGCCAUUCAGCACAACGUACUACCUUGGGGAGAUGAUUUGUUUUAAGGAAACUGUGAUGGGAGACGAAGAUAAUGGAUUAUGGUGGGCCUCCAAGGAUAAUAUAAUCAGCAUUGAUCAACACUCAGGUGUUGCUAUAGCUACAAGCAGUGGCAACACGCUAGUAUAUUAUAAUGCUUCACUUUCACUUCCAACGUACAUUGAAGCGAAAGUUAGUUCAGUCAGUGACGUGAACGUUGUUAAUCCAGACAAAACCAUCGUCUCGAACUGUCCCGGAACGAAUGUUAAUGGCAGUUAUAUUAUUUACGUAAACUUCGGUAAACAAAGAUCAACUCCCCUGGUUGGAUGUACCGAAACCAUUCUCAAAGACAGACCCUCAAGUGGAAACCUUGAAUUCCCGUUUUCCUGCGCAUUAUCCCUCGAAAAUGCUCACGGUUUGACCACGGAGAAAGUGUUCAGUAUCACACCUGGAUACGAGAAUGGAAAGAGUGCUUGUUUUAUUCUUCCACGAAGUCUUCAUGCAGACGACGCAAGAUUAUUAUCAGUUACUAAAGCCAAUCUGCUCCUAUCAGUGACACUGCAAGAUCCCAGCAAAGGCACCGAGUUCAGUUCUGGAUUGGUCGAGGUAGAGUUCAUACCGUCCUUUGUUCUUGACAAACAUGAGGUCAAAUUAAGCAGUACAGGAGAAAGCGUGUCUGUGGAAAUUCAUGGCACAGAUGAAAUGUUGCUGAACGUACAGGCCAACACUCAGUCGUUGUUAGUUUUGGUAACCCGGCGUAAAGAUGAAGUCCCUAACACACUCACAUUUGACAUAUCAUUGGCUGACUCGAAUGUCCCAUCUUUUGAUGACGUCAUUAUUGAGGUGAAAAGUCGUUUGACGACACAACUUGAUACGAUCACCGUUUCAUAUCUGUCCGCGCAAACCGCGCCUGUGCCACAGUUCGCUACCAGUAACCAAUGUCCUGGCCCUUCUUGUCCUAACACGCACAGCUCUACUUUCAAUUUCCGCAAUCUUUUCGUAAUUCUCUUCACUAUAUUAAUUCUUUUGCUACUGAUAUUGAUAUGUCGGCCACGUGACAGGCAGCGGCCGUCCCAGAGACCCGGUACCUCGCCUUACGGACGAUACAGCCCUUACCCAAAUGAUAGCAGAAAUGCUUUGGACACGUCUGCAACACCAUAUAACCGAAGUGACGUAAGCCCAUCGAGACGAAGGCAGUCGCCAUUGUUAGGUCGGCGUUCCACGCCAAGGUCCCCUCCAUUGUUUAGCGUGUCGCAGUAACCAUGGAGCAAGGCAUUAGAUAGAAGUUUGCUAUUGAUAGCGAUUAUGAGCAUAAAAUGAUGACAUGCAAUUAUUUUUGUAUUUUCUCAGUAAAUAGUUUUAUAUUUAUGACUGUUCAUUGUGAACCCUAUUAAGACAGAAACUGCUUUUGAGAGAAAAGGUUUUUGUGCUAGACCAACGCCGGUAUAUUAGUUGCAGUGCUGAGGAAUGUUUGUAGUGUUGGAUAAAAUUAAACACCAGAUCACGUCUCUUGCAA